AUGGACAAGUCUGCAGAGACUGCUCCAGCUGGCUUCCCGAUGUGGGCCCGUUGGUUGUGUCUGGCCACAUUCUGGCCUGGCGUCGUGUGGUAUCUCUACUACAAGUUGCUGGUGGAAGAUGAUCUGCGGUACUACCGGGGUCUCGGGAUCGGAGGCUCACUGGUCAUCAUUCCGUUCGCCUUGGGUCUCUUCGCAGGCCCCUUGGUUGGCAGAGACAUCGUGGAGGAGGGAUUGAAGGCACACCGCGCUUUCCUUUUUGGGCUUCGGGUGUCCUCAGAUAGGGCCAUGUUCAACGUGCGAACGCCUUCAGAUCAUGAUGUCACCUUGGCUCCAUGGACUGGACAGAAGUUUUUCUGA